AUGGAUACAUCGUCGCUAUUCAACGUCAAGGGUAAAGUUGUGCUGGUUACCGGUGGUGCCAAAGGUAUCGGCCGCAUGAUUUCCGAGGGAUUCGUUGCCAAUGGUGCCAAAGUCUACAUCACUGCCCGCGAUAUUGCCGCGUGCGAGAGGGCAUGCUCCGAACUAAACGCGCUAGGUAAAGGUUCAGCGCAUGCCAUCCAAGCGGAUUUCUACAAGGAGGAAGACUGUAAAAGACUGUUUGAGGAAUUCUCGAAGAAGGAAGAUAAACUUCAUGUUUUAGUAAACAAUGCCGGCUCCAACUGGGGUGCACCAUACGACGAAUAUCCUUCCUCCGCCUGGACCCGCGUAUUAACUCUCAACCUCCACCGUGUCUUUCUUGUGACCCAGCUUUUUACUCCAUUGAUGGAGAAAGCUGCCAAAGAUCUUGACCCCGCGAGAAUCAUCAAUAUUGGAAGCAUCGACGGCCUCCGAGUUCCAUCUUUGGAGACGUUUGCAUACAGCUCUAGCAAGGCCGGCUUACACCAUCUCAGUCGAGUGUUGGCAAAUCAUCUGGGGCAGAGAAAUAUCACCUCUAAUACCCUUGCCUGCGGGCCUUUUGAAAGCAAAAUGAUGGCUGCUACGCUGGACAAGUUUAAGGAUGUAAUUGAAGCGGGCAUCCCUCUCCAUCGUAUUGGAUCUCCAGAGGAUGUUGCCGGAGCUUGUCUAUUUUUGAGCAGUCGUGCUGGGGCUUAUGUCAAUGGCGCUACAAUAACCGUGGAUGGCGGUAGUGCUGUAGCGGCAAGAUUAUAG